AAAAUAUAACCUAAAAUCAAGAAUGUCAAGUUUCAAGUUCAACUUUUAAAAUUAUUUAAAAAAUACUUUGUAACAUAAACAUACAGCAUACAGCUUUAUUAACAGUUUGAUCAUGAUAAAAACAAAUUUAUGUAAGUUGUACAAAACGCUUACCAUUUUACGAUUAAGAAAAUUGCACCGGUAUCCUUUACAAAUCACCGCAAGUAAACAAUUUCCAAUUGUACCUAUUUCUACCAAAUAUGAGAAAAACGAUGAUUUUAAUUUUCCAUUUAAGGUACCAUGGGGCAUAUUUAGUUUAGUUGCAAGUUUAGUGUUUUGUGAAGCAGGCAGGUUAGAUCGAGAUGAGCAAAGGUUGUUUAAGGCUUGUCUUUUUGGUUUAACCCAUGAAUUAGAAAGGUUGGCAAAACAGGGUGUAGAUCUUAAUAGAAGGCACCACUUAGGUUGGACUCCACUUUUAGUAGCUACUGUUAAUGGAAGAUAUGAAAUUGUUGAAUACCUUUUGAAAAAUCAAGCUGAUCCGAAUCUCAGUGAUAACUAUGCCAAUCCGAAUAGAACUGCCAAUGAAAAAGGAAUGCAUCCAAUUGAAGUUUUGAUGGCAAGGGAUGAAGAGUUUUCAAGUUCUUUAAACAAUAAGGCAACAUUCCUAGGAUUUACUCCAUUACAUUAUGCUGUUCUUACUGAUAAUUUGGACAUCACAAAACUGUUAAUAAAAUAUGGUGCCAAUCCUAUCUUACAAAAUGAUAUGGGACACACGCCAUUGACAUAUGCCAAAGAUCCUGAGAUUAAACAAUACUUGGAGAAAGAGAUGUCUGCCUUUGAAGAAAAACAAAAAGAAAAAGAAUUAGAAGAACGUAGAAGAUAUCCUCUAGAAGAGAGACUUAAGAAACACAUAGUGGGACAAGAAGGGGCUAUUGCAAUUGUUUCUGCAACUGUACGUAGGAAAGAAAACGGAUGGGCUGAUGACGAUCAUCCCUUGGUAUUUUUAUUUUUGGGAUCAUCAGGUAUAGGAAAAACAGAACUAGCAAAACAGUUGGCAAACUACAUGCACAAAGGACAAUCACAGGCAUUCAUUAGAUUAGAUAUGUCAGAAUAUCAGGAGAAACAUGAGGUAGCAAAACUUAUUGGAGCCCCUCCAGGCUACAUAGGCCACGAUGAAGGUGGUCAGUUAACGAAAAAACUGAAGAAAUGUCCAAACGCAGUGGUACUAUUUGAUGAAGUAGACAAAGCACAUCCUGACGUAUUGACUGUGCUUCUUCAGCUGUUUGAUGAGGGCAGACUAACAGACGGUCAAGGCAAAACCAUCGAAUGUAAAGAUGCUAUUUUUAUUAUGACAUCUAAUCUGGCAAGUGAUGAAAUAGCUAACCAUGGGUUAAGGUUACGACAAGAAGUGGAAAAGUUGAAAACGGACAGAUUGGCCAUUCCUGAUUCAGCAGAAGCCGAGCAAAAAAUAAGUGAUACCAUAACAGUUUCAAGAAAAUUCAAAGAUGAAGUAGUAAAACCAAUUUUGAAGCGACAUUUCAAAAGAGAUGAGUUUCUAGGAAGAAUAAACGAGAUCGUGUACUUCUUACCUUUCUCCAGAAAUGAACUGAUUCAACUAGUUACGAGAGAAAUGCAACUGUGGGCACAAAAGGCAAAAGAAAAGCAUAAAAUAGAAAUAAGCUGGGACAGAAGCGUAGAAUCAGCUCUAGCCGACGGCUACGAUGUGAGUUAUGGUGCUAGAUCGAUCAAAUAUGAAGUUGAGCGUCGUGUAGUCAACCAGCUGGCUGCUGCGCACGAGCAGGGCUUCAUCGGUAAAGGAUGCGCAGUUCAGGUGUGCGCGUCGUGGCCAGAAAACUCGGAUUGCGCUGAAAUUAAGCUCAAGGUUAAGCGAAGCGGGCUAAAGGAUUUCGUGGAUCUAGAUCAUUCAAGGUUGUCGUUAAAAAAUUUGUCAUCGAUAUUUAAGUAAGACUAAAAGAACAGUAGAAGUGUUAAAUGUACUGGUACUGGCAUAUAGAAGAUAAAGUAGUCAAAGUUUGUGAGCGUUAAAGCAUUUUACAAAGUAGCAGUAUUAACCUGUUCUUCAUUUUUCAAAUUAUAAAAUCAUGUUUUGGUUGAAAUUAUUAUGAUGUUUAAAUAUAGCUUCUAGAAAACCCAAAAAUGGAAAAUAUUAAUGAACUUCCAAGUUUCUUGUUCAAGUAGUCACUUAAUUGCUCAGAACGGCACAAAGUACUAUAGAGAUCAUAACGGCACAGAAAGACCAAAAAAACUGAAAACUUAUAAAAAGAUAUUUAUUGAUGAACAAUUGGCACAUUUAAUAUUUUUUUUUAUGUACUAGUAUUUACAUUUGACACUUUCUGCUUGAAAUAUUUGUCGUUAAGAUAUUUAGGAUUUUGAUGAAUUUCAUUGUGAUAUAUUUACAUCCAUAUAUAAGGACAAGAUAAAAUGUUUUUGGUUUAACGCUAAAAAUAAAAUUAUUGUUUCUUAUACUACGACUCCUGGUUCAGGAGGUGCACCCAAAAAUUAUUUGGAUUUAUUCGUAAAACGGACAAAUUUUUUUCGUCGUAAUAUUCGCUUAUGGAAAUCAUCUUGAUUUGUUUUUUGCUUAUCGAAAUUAUCUAAAUUUCAAUUAUAGCGGAGGCGUCUAUGGGCUCUGACGUGACCUUUUUAACUUGUCCUUGUCAGAAUAUUGAGCUACUGUAAUACAAAAAUUGUUGCAUUUUAGUUGUUACUAACCUUUUUAAGUGAAAUUGGUUAAUUAGGUUUUUCGAAUUUGGAUAUUUUUUGGUUAAAACUUUACUUUAUUAGAAAAAUAUAUUUCUCCAUAUAGUCUAGUCAUCAUUUAUUAAAUAUUGAGAUGUUAAAUAUAUAUUUUUUGUUAGCUUUCAAUAAAAAACUUCCAAGUGUAAAACUUAA